AUGGAAGAGCUACAGAAGGACAGUGGGCAACCAUCAAAUGGCUCUGAUUCUGAGCCAGAAGCUAUGGUAUUGGAUGACAAUGGAGCAGGAAAAUCCCAUAGCAUGGAGGGAAACGAGGAUUCUCCUAUAGAUGUCAAUGAAGGCAAGGAUUCUCCUAUAGAUGUCAAUGAAGGCCAGUCCUCUAUGGAUGUGGAUAUUAAGGGAAAAUCAUCCCUCAAUGAUGAUGUUAAUGGAAAGUCUUCUUCCGAGCCAUAUUCCAAUGCUCCAAUCGACAUGAGUGUGGAAAGCCUAGAGAAGUUUUGUAAAGAAGCAUCAAGGUCCUUCUUUGAUGAAGUUGGUCUGAUUAGCCAUCAGAUAAAUUCCUACAAUGAGUUUGUCUCACAUGGGCUCCAGGAGCUUUUUGAUUCGCUGGGGGAAGUGAUUGUUGAACCUGGCUAUGAUCCUUCAAAGAAAGGAUCAGGUGGCUGGAAGCAUGCCGUCAUCAAGUUUGGGAGAGUGAAGCUUGAAAAGCCUGUGUUUUGGACCGGGAAAGAUGAAGGUUCUGUUGAUUUUAAACCUUGGCAUGCUCGUCUCCAGAAUAUGACAUAUGCUUCAAGACUUAAAGUAGAAGUGACUAUUCAGGUUUAUUCUUUGGAGAAAAGUGACAAAUCUAAAACAGGGAAUGAUGGUUUUGUUCAAAAAAGGGACUUCACGAAUGAAACUCAUUGGAUAUUUAUUGGCCUCCUUCCGGUUAUGGUGAAAUCAAACUUAUGUUUGUUGCAUAGUCUCAAGGAAAGUGAGUGCCUGUUCGAUGCAGGUGGAUACUUUUUGGUCAAGGGAAUGGAGAAGGUAUUCAUUGCUCAAGAGCAAAGAUGUCUAAAGAGGCUUUGGAUUAGUGACCGUCCUUGCUGGAUGAUCUCUUUUAUGCAUGAAAUGAAGCGUAGACGUAUAUAUAUUAAACUAGUUGAAUCUACAAGGAGUGAAGAUUUCAGUGGGAGCAAAAUCAUUUCCAUUUCCUUUUUGUAUGCGACAAUGCCAGUUUGGUUGUUGUUCUUUGCACUUGGAAUAUCAUCAGAUAAGGAAGCCUUUGAUGUGAUAGAUAUGCAAGAUUGUGAUGCUUCUGUUAUCAACACGAUAUCUGCAACCAUCAAAGAAUCUGAUGAACUGUUUCUUUUUCCUGAUAUUAAUGGAAAUAGGAACAAAGCAUUUUUCUUAGGGUACAUGGUGAAAUGUCUGCUAAUGGCUUUUACUGGGAAGCGUAAAUGUGAUAAUAAGGAUGAUUUCAGGAACAAGAGGCUGGACCUACCUGGUGAAUUGCUUGGAAGGGAACUUAGGGCACAUCUUAGGCUGUUAGAGAGACACAUGGUUAAGGCCAUUCAAAGAGAUUUAAAUAGUGACCGCGAGUUACAAGAUCUUGAACGUUAUAUAGAUGCAUCGAUUGUUACUAAUGGUCUAAAUCGUGCCUUUUCCACUGGUUCUUGGUGCCAUCCCUACAAAAGAGCUGAACGGUGCUCAGGAAUUGUUGCGACUCUAAGGAGAACUAAUCCUCUUCAAAUGAUGUCUGACUUGAGGAAAACCCGGCAGCGGGUUGCUUAUGCUGGGAAAGCUGGUGAUGCAAGAUAUCCCUCAAGGGUGGGGCAGCCCUUGAUUGAGAGCUUCAUUUCUUGUGGAAUGAGUAAGCUGAAUGACAUUCCUACUGAGCACAUUCAAAGAAUGGAUAAGAUCUUUUUGAAUGGCAAUUGGGUGGGAUCUUGUAAAGAUUCAGCUUCAUUUGUAUUUCGAUUGAGGUGCAUGAGACGCAGCAGUAUGAUUGAUCCUCAGGUUGAAAUUAAAAGGGACAAGCACCACAAGGAGGUUCGUGUGUUCUCUGAUGCAGGGCGAAUCCUCAGACCCCUUCUUGUGGUUGAGAAUCUUAAUAAAAUCAGAAAACCGAAGGGGCGUUCAUUCUCGUUCCAGGAAUUAAUGCAACAAGAAAUAAUUGAGUUCAUUGGUGUUGAAGAGGAAGAAGAUAUACAAUGUGCGUGGGGAAUCAGGCAUUUGUUUGAGAGUGAAGGAGCUAUAUCUAAUUAUACUCACUGUGAGCUGGAUCCUUCCUUUCUUAUGGGAUUAAGCUGUGGUAUCAUUCCUUUUGCAAACCACAAUUUUGCUCGGAGGGUAUUGUACCAAUCUGAAAAACACUCGCAACAAGCUAUUGGGUACUCAACGACAAAUCCACACAUCAGAGUUGAUACUCUUUCUCAUCAACUAUAUUAUCCUCAGAGGCCUCUUUUCAAAACAGUUAUAGCUGACUGUCUUGGCAGAUCAGAUUAUACUACUUUUGGAAGAAAAGAUGACUUCGCGAGACCAGAAUAUUUCAAUGGACAAAAUGCAAUUGUAGCAGUGAAUGUUCAUCAGGGGUUUAACCAAGAGGAUUCCCUGGUUAUGAAUAGGGCUUCUCUUGAACGAGGUAUGUUUAGGACUGAACACCUCAGGAGCUAUAAGACAGAUGUAGAAAACAAGGAUGGAACCAAGCGACUGAAAUUGAAGGAAAAGAUAGACUUUGGAAAAAUAGAAAGCAAAAGAGGGCGUGUUGACAAUCUUGAUGAUGAUGGCUUACCUUACAUUGGCGCAAGUCUUCAGACCAAUGACAUCGUUAUUGGAAAAGUCUCAGAAUCUGGAGAAGACCACAGUAUUAAGCUGAAGCAUACAGAAAAGGGAAUGGUUCAGAAAGUAUUGCUUUCAGCAAAUGAUGAAGGGAAGAAUUUUGCUGUUGUUACUCUAAGACAGGUUCGGACACCUUGCCUUGGAGAUAAGUUUUCCAGCAUGCAUGGCCAAAAAGGUGUUGUUGGUUUUCUAGAAUCUCAAGAGAACUUCCCAUUUACUCACGAAGGUAUAGUCCCGGAUAUUGUGAUAAAUCCACAUGCCUUCCCAACACGUCAAACUCCCGGACAGCUGCUUGAAGCUGCUCUGGGGAAGGGAAUAGCCUGCAAAGGUACAAUGAGAUACGCAACACCAUUCACCACAGCAUCAGUUGACAUUAUUACAGAACAGUUGCACAAGGCUGGUUAUUCACGUUGGGGAGCUGAGAAUGUUCUAAAUGGCCGAACUGGUGAAAGAAUGCAAUCCUUGGUUUUCAUGGGUCCUACCUUUUACCAGAGGCUGAUUCAUAUGUCCGAAGAUAAGCCUGUUGCCGACAGGAAAAGGUUUGGUGGAGUUAAGUUUGGAGAAAUGGAGCGUGAUUGCCUCCUCGCCCAUGGGUCAGCUGCCAACCUGCAUGAACGCCUCUUCAUGCUUAGUGACUUCUCCCAGAUGCACAUCUGCCAGACAUGUGAGCGCGUGGCUAAUGUUGUCAUGAGGUCUGUCCCCGGAGGCAAAAAGAUCCGUGGCCCCUACUGCGGCUUCUGCAAGUCUUCGGAGAACAUAGUGAGAAUCAAUGUGCCCUAUGGCGCGAAGCUGCUCUACCAGGAACUCUUCAGCAUGGGGAUCUGCCUCAAGUUUGACACCGAAGUCUGCUAG